CAAUUUAGGUGUGGUGAAGUGGGGUACGGUAUUUCGACUGAUUCAUCAACAAUUCUAAAUAGUUGGCUGUGCACAAACUGCCAUUCCAUCAGUAUUGAGUUUUUACAAAUUUAGCGUUAAUUUCGACCACUGCCCGAAAUGUCGUCACGGAAGACCGUAAACCGACGCGGAACCACCAAAAAGCGGGCCCAAAGGGCCACCUCGAACGUCUUCGCCAUGUUCGACCAGGCCCAAAUCGCCGAGUUCAAAGAAGCCUUCAACAUGAUUGACCAGAACCAUGACGGGUUUGUUGAUAAGGAGGACCUCCAUGAUAUGCUGGCGUCGCUGGGCAAGAACCCAACCGACGACUAUCUGGACGGUAUGAUGAACGAGGCGCCCGGGCCCAUCAAUUUUACCAUGUUUUUGACGCUGUUUGGGGAGCGGCUGCAAGGGACUGACCCUGAAGAUGUGAUUAAGAAUGCUUUUGGCUGUUUUGAUGAAGACAAUAAUGGGGUGAUUAAUGAAGAGAGGCUGAGGGAGCUGCUGACUUCCAUGGGUGAUAGGUUCACGGAUGAUGAAGUCGACGAGAUGUACAGGGAGGCACCUAUUAAAGGUGGUUUGUUUGAUUAUGUUGAGUUUACACGCAUUUUGAAACACGGGGCCAAGGAUAAGGAUGAGCAAUAAUUUUAUUUUCAUUGUUAUUGGUUGGCCAUUUAUUAAAAUUUGUAAGGGUUGAUAUCGAGUAUUUACCAACUUAGACUAUAGGUACAUUUUUAUAUGUGUAUGAGGUGAUAAAAUUUUGCUUCCCA